UUUCCACUAAAUACAAUGUUUGCUUGUCUUUCAGACUCCGACAGUCCAAGCAGGACGUCCACCGGGGCCUUCAAAAAUAAAGCGGCGCAAGCCAACAUCUCGGGCCCCGAGGAGGUGUUUGUGAAGAAGGGAUCCACCAUAAGUCUAACGUGCACCGUGAACGUGCAUUCCACGCCCCCGGGCUCGGUGCUGUGGUACCACGGCCCGUCCGUCGUGGACUUCGACUCGCCGCGCGGCGGCAUCUCGCUGGAGACGGAGCGCACCGAGAAGGGCACCACGUCCAAGCUGCUCGUGACCAGAGCGGAACUGUCCGACUCGGGCAACUACACCUGCGUACCGUCCAACGCCAACCCGGCGUCCGUCGGGGUCCACGUCCUCAACGGUGAGCACCCCGCCGCGAUGCAGAGGCCGUCGAACGCCUCGUCGUCGAGGUCGCGGUGCUCGGCCGCCCUCCUGGUGAUCGCGCUCGUCGCCGCGCUGCUCAGCGCCAGAUGAUGAAGCCCCGUCGCGGUACCGCCGCGCGCCCCCAGGGGGGUCGUGGAGAGGGUGCCGACGAGGAUGACCCCCCGGGGGCCGCCGGAGUACGCCGCCAUGCGAGACGACGCGGGGCGUCGAUUAGACUCCGCGCCCCGCCGCGCCGCCGCGUUGCCUCCGCGCGCCUCGAGGACCUCAAGGACUUGACACUGUUUCCUAACAAGUGCUGUUUUUUUCGGUCCCCUUCCCUCUAUCGCUCCUCUCGUCGAAAAGACCGGGGCGGCGAAAGCAAGAGAGAGAGCGAAAGUGAAGGGGACGUGAGUGAUGGGGCGAUCGGGAGGGGCGUGAGUGACGCUGCCUCCCGCCUCUCUCGCGCGAGGCGGCGCGAAAAUUAAGUCGCGAGUCGUGGUUCCGAGCGAGUUUCACCGCGGCGCGCCCGGACCCUGUUUGCGGUUGGGAACUCGUGCGCGCUAGCCGAGGCGCCAGCCGCCAGCUCUGUCCUCCCUCCGCCGUCCAGAGACACCCAGCUAACGGAGAGACAUUCGGACUUCACGGCCAGCGGGCAGGAGCCCGACCCCAGGCCAGGCUCCAGAUUGUGGUCAGUGAUAACUCCAAAGUCCGGGCCGACUUGCUGGCAGGGAUGCCGAUUUUCUGUUUUCGGUUUUCGGACACGUUCUGCUGUUCAGAAACUCGAAUUUUUGUUUUGCAGCGUAGGGUCACGUGAUAUUCUGCGAAGGUUUGAUCCAAGCUUGGCCGUGGUUGUGAUCGUACCUUUAAAUUCUUUUUUUUUUUCGGAGGGAGAAAGUGAAAAAAAUGAUCGCCUUAAUAUCGAUUCAAUGAAAGAUAAUGACUGCUGGUAUUUUGUAAGCUGAUGGCGCAAGGGCGCAAACUUAUCAAGGAGCUCGUUAAGAGCUGGUUAACAGGAUGUGAGAGUUAAUUUACUGUACCGAAAACCUCCUACGCUCUUAUUUUUGUCCUAAAUUGUUAAUGUAUUUACGUGCUCAAGUGCGCAUUGCUUUCCGCUCAUAGAUCGCCCUGGUCUUACGGCCUAAACGUCCACACCGGGUUUUAAUUGCUCAGGCUCAGAGGCUUUGUGAAGUGGAACCGCAACGCCUUUCGUUCAUCAACCUCUUGUGAAAGCGUAGGAUACCUUAGAACAAUACCGUAAAUAGAUUCAAUACAACACUUAGAGCCGAGCUGUCUAAGCGUGUGCGUGCAGGUGGUGUAAAAUGAAGACUUGGUGCUCUAGGUUUCUCUACGAUGCGCUGAGUCAUAGAAUGUGAUAGUCAAGGCAGAAUCGAGGGAAACGUCUAUUUUCGAUAUGAAACCAAAGAAAUUCACUUGAUUGUGUAUAUUGCAAUUUUGAAAAAUCACUUCGUGUAAUUGCAUUAACACUGGUUGCCUGCCACUGGGCAUGAGAGUGCGCAUAAAUUUACACAUCCGUUUCUACUCUUCUUUUUGCCCCAAUCAAGACUGCAUUUAAAAACAACUUAAGUCAUAGAUUUUAAAAGUUGUUUUGAAAUGGAGUGUUGAGAACGCUUUCCAUACUUUUGAUUUGGAACUACCGUUAUUUGUGUGUCCCAGUUCAGAUUAAGGCUGACCCCUUAAAUACUUAAAGCCCGUAUUUGGCUGCAGAUUACCUAUUAUUGCUCUCUCAUCCCAACCCUCUUACUCAGGUUUCCAGGUAUAAAUCAAUGUAAAUAAUAAUGUACUUAAGAAGAUAUUUUAUGUUUAUUGAAGAUUGUAUAAAAUUGAUAAAAUGUAAUAUAUUGUGUACAGAUAUUGAAGGAUACGAAUCGAGUGUGAAAGUGUGGGUGUCUUGUCUGAAUAUCUGUAUGAUGUACUACUUUUGUUUCUUGGUAUAAUUUUUCUCCCGUUUUAUACACUGAACGUUUUACUCACUUGCAUAACGAUCAUCUGUCCAGCCAAGAUAGCCUUAUCAUGAUAGGCUCACGUAGAAUAAGAAGGGCUGUCAAAAUCAAAAUGGAGUCUUAGCUAGCUCAUACAAAAUUUCGUUACUGGAAAGAAUGUUUGUUGAUUUGGAAAGAUCAAAAAAAUGAUAAAAAAAGGUUGCGUGUUACAAUAAAUUGUUUUGUAAUAUAAAGGUGAUCUCCCUGUAAAAAAAAUAAAAAUAAAUAACGUCUUCAAGGUUUA